CCCGCGCCUGCGCGCUGGGAGCGGGGCCGCCCGCAGGCCGGGCAGCGGCGGCGCCAUGGCGGGGCCGGCGGGGGCGGCGUGAGCGGGAGCGAUGUGGGAACCACCUGUUCUCUGUGAUAAAGGGAAGACACAAAACAUCUGAUAGAUGGAAGCCAUGAAGAUGUCAAAGCGGUUCUUCGCUUUUGGGAUUUUGGCAUGCAUAGCUAUUUAUGUUGCAUACAUAAAAUGGCGCUUGGAUUCCAAACCACUCAUGGGAGCAACAGAAGGAAUUGCUGAAAGCAGGGGAGAUAAACUGAACCAUCAGGCAGUGACCACAGAUCUCUCGGUCUUUUAUGGAAUUAUGUUUGACGCAGGAAGCACGGGAACUCGCAUCCAUAUAUUUAAAUUUACACAGCAGCCAAGAGAAACUCCCAAAUUAACCCAUGAGACGUUUAAAGCACUGAAACCAGGUCUAUCUGCAUAUGCUGAUGAUGUCGAAAAGAGUGCCCAGGGCAUAGAAGAGCUCCUGGAGGUGGCAAAGAAGGAAGUUCCUAUGGAGCUGUGGAAGUUUACUCCUCUGGUCCUGAAAGCCACAGCUGGCCUACGGUUGCUGCCAGGAGAGAAAGCUCAAAAGUUGCUGGAUAAGGUGAAGGAGAUUUUUCAGGCCUCUCCCUUCUUUGUGAGGGACGACUGCGUGUCAAUAAUGAACGGAACCGAUGAAGGUAUUUCAGCCUGGAUCACAAUAAACUUUUUAACAGGUAGGCUAGAUGAUCCCCAGAAGAGAAGUGUAGGGAUGCUGGAUUUGGGUGGUGGAUCAACACAGAUCACCUUCCUUCCACGUGCUGAGGAAACUCUCCAGACAUCACCAGCUGGCCACACAACUUCAUUUCAGAUGUUUAAUCACACCUACAAGCUGUAUUCCUACAGUUACCUGGGACUUGGGCUGAUGUCAGCAAGGCUUGCCAUUUUGGGCGGAGUUGAGGGAAAACCCUCAGAAGGGGAGGAGUUGAUUAGCCCUUGUUUGCCACCUGGCUUCAAAUCUGAAUGGCAACAUGCUGAGAUAAUGUACAAAAUUAAAGGACAGAAGGCAGGUGAGCCUCUUUAUGAGUCUUGUUCUAAUAAAGUGGCAAAGAUGCUCUACAAAAAAGUGCAUAAAGCUGAGGAAGUGAAGGACUUGGAUUUUUACACUUUCUCCUACUACUAUGACCGUGCAGCAGAGGCUGGUCUCAUAGAUAAAGAAAAAGGAGGAAGCUUAACUGUCAGUGACUUCGAAAUUGCAGCUAAAUAUGUUUGUAAGACCAUGGAAAUCAGCCCUGGAAGCAGCCCUUUUCUCUGCAUGGACCUCACGUACAUCACCUUCCUCCUGCAAGAGCUGGGCUUCCCGAAGAGCCAAGCCUUUAAGCUUGCCCGGAAAAUUAACAAUGUUGAAACAAGCUGGGCUUUGGGAGCCACUUUCCAUUACAUCGACUCGCUCAAUAGACUGCAGUACUAAAGCUCCUAGAAGGUGACUUUUGGGAAUCUCCAUUUUUUGGAAGCCCAACAUGGGAGAACCUGUUGAAGGACAUGCUUUUGGCUUCUGGAGUCUUUUGGAAGGUCACCAUGAAACAGGUUUCUUUCCUCCCACCACCUGCCAAGUCCUCUCCAUCGCUAGCUCUUUUUUACAGUGCAGAGUGUGGUGUGUAAAAAAAUAAGCCUUGAUUUGACAGCGUCUGGCAUCAGCUUGAUGUAAAACUUGAUCAUUAUGGAAGGAAAACCAGGACUCUGCAGGACACCUAUGAUCUCUAUGAGAAAAACACACCUUUUUGGAAUAUGCCUGUACUAUGAGCUUGCAGUAUGCUGAAGUUGCUGUAGGAAACAGUCACUCCACAAGGAACUCUUUGCUGUCCUGAUUUCAGGGUGUUUUUUCAUGUUUGUCAGCAGUUUUCAGUGAUGAUUUUUAUGUUACUACUCGUGUUUGAAGGUGAACUUGCGUGUGUGCAAAAAUGGUGCAUUUACACAGAUGCUGACAGGCAGCAGCUUUGAAAUGCAGCGUGGACGUUGCAGCUCUGUUUUCCACUUGCUGAAGGAGGAAAGCUUGGGAGCACUCUAGAAACUGGAUACGGACUUGGAGGCAUGAGCCUGUAUGCCCUGUAGCGUUAAAGCCUAAUGUUGAUUCCCUGCCUUUGGGAGGUGGAUUGUGGAAGACAACAUCAGAUUUGCUGGAUCUAGAUGAGCAAGGCCUGGGAACUGGGUACAGGGAUAACGAUGGAUUUGACAGUUCUAGAGUCAGUCGGAGUAACAUUGAUGAACAAGACAGUCACAAAAAUAAACCCUGAGCAUGGCUUGUUGGAUGUUGCAGACCUUUCUGCCUUGGUAAGGUUGAUGCGGGGCCUGGGGUGAAUGCAUUUGUGUGGUGCCGCUUCUUCUGUGAAGCUGCGGCUUCUUCUGUGAUAAAAGAAUGUAUUGUGGUUGCACUGAGCCAUGGCAGGGCAGCUGCAGUGCAGCACUCCCAGUGCGUGGGCAGGGGCAGCAGGAGCUGGAGGGGACAUGCUGCGCUGUUUGUAACCUAACUGUGGAAUUGUGAUGUGUUUGUAUGGAUGUAUAGAGAAGACUCGAGUGGUCUUUUGGUGGUGCAAAAGAGCUCAGCUUCCCCAAGAGCCAGCAGUGCUCGCCUUGACUCCUGGGCUCACGGCAGCAAUACGUGGUGGCAUGGAGGCACGCUGCGUGCAUGGCUGCGGGCUCUGCAGCUGAGCAUACGGGGACACUUGAACCCCGCCGUUCUGACAAUAAACUCCCAAUUUAAAAUGAAAA